AUGGGGUUACUCCAACGCACCCUUUGGCGAACACUCCGUGGUAACCUCUAUAUGAAUCAGUCCGAUAUCCUUGUGCCUAUUGUCGACCCAACCAACAACGAGGAGAUCCACAAAAGUGCAUUCAUGAUCCUUGCACAUGGCAAAUCCAUUACUGCGAAGAUCCGACAGAUUUCUAAAUCUCUCGGUGCUUCUCUGUAUAGUGUCGAUGAGGACUAUGACCUAAGAAGGGAACAGAUGCAUGAAGUAAGCACCAGAUUGAAUGAUACGAGGAAUGUGGUGGAAAGGACAAAAAAUAUGCUUCAUGCAGAACUGACACAGAUUGCCCCUUUUCUGACGGCUUGGAUGACUAUUAUCAAGAAAGAGAGGGCCAUAUAUGACACGCUGAAUCAAUUCACCUAUGACCAGGCCAGAACGACACAUAUCGCAGAGGCAUGGUGUCCUACUAGCUCGCUUCCAUCAAUCAAGAUGGCUUUGCGGGACGUUAAUGAUCGCGCUGGAUUGACUGUGCCUACAAUUGUCAAUCGGGUCAGAACGAAUAAUACUCCACCCACCUUUGUCAGAACAAAUAAGUUCACUGAUGGCUUCCAGAACAUUGUCAAUGCGUACAAUAUUCCAAAAUAUGAAGAGUCUAAUCCCGGGUUGUAUACAGCUGUUACCUUUCCCUUCAUGUUUGCAGUUAUGUUCGGAGACGUUGGCCAUGGUGCAUUGAUAACCAUCGCUGCCACUGCUAUGAUCUGCUGGGAGGGGACGCUGAAGAAAUCACAGCUGGACGAAUUGGUUCAGAUGGCCUUCUACGGCCGCUAUACCCUGCUAAUGAUGGGUCUUUUCUCCAUAUACACUGGUUUGCUUUACAACGAUGUUUUUUCAAAGUCGUUCACUUUCUUCCCGAGCCAGUGGAAGUGGCCUGACAACAUACGACCAAGCGAAACGAUCGAGGCUUCGCUAAGGGACGGCUAUCGGUUUCCAUUUGGAGUGGACUGGAACUGGCAUGACGCCGAGAAUUAUCUUCUUUUUACUAACAGUAUGAAAAUGAAGAUGAGUAUUCUGCUGGGUUGGAUGCAUAUGACAUACGCACUCUGCUUACAAUAUGUGAACGCCCAUCACUUCCGCCAGAAGGUCGAUAUUAUAGGUAACUUUAUCCCAGAAAUGAUCUUCUUUCAAUCAAUUUUUGGUUACCUUGCCUUUACGGUCCUCUACAAGUGGUCUGUUGAUUGGGAAUCCCGUGAACAGUCCCCGCCGAACCUUCUGAAUAUGUUGAUCUCUAUGUUUUUGUCUCCUGGCAAAGUUCAAGAGCAGCUUUAUGAGGGCCAGGCAGUCGUUCAAGUUAUUCUAUUGUUUCUGGCUUUUAUUCAGAUACCUAUUAUGCUUUUCUUCAAGCCACUCUAUCUCCGCUGGGAGAAUAACAAUGCCAGAACUGUUGGUCGCAGGGCCUUUGAAGAGCGGUCCAGAGAGAGCGUACUGGGGGAGGACAGGUUUCUAGGCGAGCAU